AUGAAGAUGGGAUUAAGAGCAUGUAAGGUGAAGCGGGACAAAAAGAGGAAUGACAAACCCACAAAGUUUGGGAGCACUUAUGUCCACCGACGUGGGACGGACCACCCCACACCGUCAAGAGGGAGGGGGAAAGACGCAACAACUCCCGACCAUAAGGAGGGGGGGAGGCUCACCGGGGGUGGGAUUGUUGACAUAAUGCUGUUAUUGUGA